AUGUUUGCGGGUCAAUCACUCGUCGACGAUUACACUCUGCAGAUCUUCUCUUCGGACGUCGCUUACUACGCAUUUUUGGUCCCGGCUCUACUACCGGCGUUCAUCUGUUUCUACUUUGUCAUUUGGCUUGGCCACGAAAAAAUGGCGAACGUUGACGCGAUUCCAGGAUUUUUGGCUACAUCAUUCCCGGGUCUUCCCGUUGAAGUCAAGGAUUAUAUUGCUGCUAUCCUAAAAGAAAAUGCUUCGGAAAUGGUUUCCGUUGAUGAGAUUUUCUCGGCUGUUGGCGAUCAUCUGAUAGCGAAUGUGGAAAACCUUGGGGAUGAUGUGGCUCGCCGUGUCUGUGAGCAAUUCAUGAAAAUGUUGCAUGGAGACAAUGUCCCAGUGAGCGCGAAGCAAGUGGCAACGACUCGAAAACUGGAACAAACUGUGGAUAUGGCCGCCCAGAAAGACGAUUUCCGCGAUCGCGAAAGUAUUUGGAAGCUUCAAACCCGCGAUACUCCAACGAUUGUCGAUAAGGAUAAGCUCAAGAAAGCAGAAGCGAAAACGAUGGACAAAGCCGUUGCACGUGAAGGAGUUCCAGUUGUCAAACGGAAACGGCAAGAGAUUCUUGCCACCGCUUCGCAAGCUGCCAAUCGAAGAGAACAAUCGGGAGCUGGACAAAACUCGCUGAAUGUGGCCUUGGAAAGCGUUGACAUCUCGAUUGGAACGAAACAGCUGUUGAGCAGCGCGAACGUGACGAUGGGCUAUGGCAGAAAAUAUGGAUUGGUCGGGCGCAAUGGAAUUGGAAAAACGACACUUCUGAAAAUGAUUUCCUGUGGUCAAUUACGAAUUCCUCCAAAUAUACUCAUGUUGAGCGUCGAGCAAGAAGUUGAGGGAGAUGAUACUCGUGUAUUGGAUUCUGUUCUUUCUUCGGAUGUUAAGCGAAUGGAAAUGCUCGAAAAGGAAAAGAUAUUGCAAGAGAGAUUAAAUAAAUCUGGAUUGUCCGAUGCCGAGAAGAACAAGCACAACACUGAAUUGGCGAAGCUUUAUGCGGAUAUGGAGGCAAGCGGAAUGGAUAAAGCUCCGGCUCGAGCUGCAUCAAUCUUGUAUGGUCUUGGGUUUGACCCUGAUGAGCAGAAGAAACCGACAAAGGAAUUUUCUGGAGGUUGGAGAAUGCGUGUCGCUUUGGCUAGAGCACUUUUUGUGAAGCCGGAUCUCUUACUUCUCGACGAGCCGACAAACAUGUUGGAUAUGCGAGCCGUUUAUUGGUUAGAGGGAUAUCUUCAGCAAUGGGAAGGAACAAUUUUGACAGUUUCCCACGAUCGAAAGUUCCUCAAUGAAAUUUGCACGGAUAUUGUGCAUCUUCACACGCGAAGGCUUGAUCAGUACAAAGGAAACUACGAUCUAUAUGAAAAAACAAUGAAAGAAAAGCUGACCCAACAGCAACGAGAAUAUGAGGCCCAACAACAACUUCGGGGUCACACACAAGAGUUCAUCGAUAAGUUCCGCUACAACGCCAAGCGAGCUGCCAUGGUGCAAUCUCGUAUCAAAAUGCUUGAAAGACUGCCCGUUUUGCAGUCCGUUGAGAUAGAGUCCGAGGUCCACUUCCAUUUCCCAGAAUGUGAAGAGCUGAGCAACCCGGUCUUGAUCCUCGACGAUGUUGGAUUUAGGUAUAAUGCCGAAUCUCCAUUCAUCUUCCGUAAGCUCAACCUCGGAACACAUGCGCAGUCUCGGAUUUGCAUUGUCGGAGAAAACGGAGCCGGUAAGACGACGCUGCUCAAAUUGCUUCUUGGUGAUUUGGAUCCAAGCACUGGAAUUCGUCACACCAAUCGUCGUUUGCGCAUUGGGUAUUUCACUCAACAUCACGUGGACCAGUUGGACAUGGAUCAAACGGCUCUAGAGGUUCUGACCACAAAUCAUCCUGGACGAACGCAAGAAGAAUAUCGUGCUUCUUUGGGCCGAUUUGGAAUCAUUGGUGAUACGGCCCUCCAACCAGUUUACACACUUUCUGGGGGACAGAAAUCUCGUCUCGCUUUUGCCAACAUUGCUAUGGCCAAACCCAACUACUUGAUUAUGGACGAGCCCACUAACCAUCUUGACGUCGAAACUGUGGAAGCCCUUGGAAAAGCUCUCAACAAGUUCAAUGGAGGAGUGGUUCUCGUUUCCCACGACGAGCAACUCAUUUCGCUUGUCUGCAGAGAACUAUGGGUUGUGAAAGAUCGCAUGGUGAGCAAUUUGGAGGGCGGAUUGGAGGAGUACCGCAAGCAAGUCUAUAAACAAUUACAAUUGGCCGCU